AUGGGUAAAAAGACGAAACAUGGGAAGAGUCGGAAGGAUAAGUUCUACUUUCUGGCCAAAGAAACAGGACUUAGAGCAAGAUCAGCCUUCAAACUGAUUCAAUUAAAUCGUCGGUUUAAUUUUCUUGCUUCAUCCAAAGUUCUGAUCGAUCUUUGUGCGGCACCUGGUGGCUGGAUGCAGGUUGCUGCAAAGGAAAUGCCUGUGGGAAGUCUUGUUAUUGGUGUCGAUUUGGUGCCAAUCAUGCCUAUACCCAACUGCAAAUCCAUUGUUGCCGAUAUUACCACAGAAAAAUGUCGUCAGUUACUCAGAGCCGCAAUUUUUAACAACAAAGCUGAUGUUGUUCUACAUGACGGUGCUCCAAAUGUUGGGACGGCAUGGACCGUUGAUGAAUAUAGCCAAGCCGCUCUAUGUUUGAAGGCAUUUGCGUUAGCCACCGAGUUUUUGCGUAAAGGUGGCUGGUUUAUCACGAAGGUCUUUAGAAGUCGUGAUUAUGAACCUCUCAAAUGGGCUGUUUCCCAAUUCUUUCGUAAAGUCAGAGUUCUGAAGCCCGAAGCCUCUCGUCAAGAAUCAGCAGAAAUCUUUCUUGUUGGUCAGGGUUACUUGGAUCCUUCUUCAAUUGACCCCAAAUUUCUUGAUCCAAAACACGUAUUCGGCGAGAUAGAAGUGUCCAAAUCUCGUGAAUCUGUGGUCUCUUCCCUCCUUAAACUAACAAACAAAAAGAAGAAAGCCGAGGGAUAUGAUGAUGAUAAGUUAUACAAAGAAACACUGUUAUCUGAGUUCAUGGAAUCGGACGAUCCCCUUAACUGCUUGGCUAAGACAAACAAGGUUAUAAUUGAUCGUGAAGAUCUUAUUAGUCAUCCGCUGACGCCUUCGUUUGUUGCAGAAUGCUUGGCGGAUAUUCAGGUGUUAGGCAAAGCUGACAUAAGGAUGCUGCUUGCGUGGCGAAGAAAACUGCUGGCUGCUUUGAACGCUGAGAAAGAAGCUACUUUGUCAAAAGAUGAGAAAGAACCUCAAUUGAAGGUUGAUGAGGCUGAGGAAGAGGAGGAUACACAACGCGAGGUUGAGCGUCUCUUAAAGGAAGAGCAAAAAACUACUAAAAAGCGUCUCAGGGCUGUUCGGAAGGCGAAGCGCAAGCUUGCUGAGCGUAUAGUUCUCAAAAUGGAGCAUCCAGGUGAUAUAAUAGAACAAAACAGCGCGGGGGAACUUUUCUCCUUAGCUUCGAUCGGUGGACGGGAUCUUGAAAGCUUGGAAAGUGUGGAGAAAGAUCUACUUGAAAAGACAGGGCACUCAGCCGCGGAUCUGUUCAUUUUGAAGAAAGAGAAGGCCGCUAAACGUGAAAUACUUCGCAAGCGGGAGGAAGAUUUCCGCCGUGCCGUAGAGGGCGGAGAGUACUUGCGCUUCGAACGCAAUACUGAACACGAGAUUGACUUGGGCGUUCUAGAAUCCACUCGACCUACUAACACACAUGAGCAUGAUGACAUCUAUCUGAGCUCCAGCGAUGAUGAAGAUGGUGGUAAAGAUAGUGAUGAUAACGUUGAUGAAGAUAAACGUGGAGAGCUCGCUCUCGGUAGUGGCGACAAUCGUAGCGCCAGUGAUGAGCGUGAGGAUCUGGAUUCGUAUGAGGCUUCAGAGGAAGAAGACGAAUAUGCCAAAGCGUUGGUCAAAGAGGCUUCUUUAAAAAAGAAGAAAAGUGGGCCCUCUCUCCUCAUCGACCUCGAUCCUACUGACGAGGAAAAUAAGAGGGAUAGGAAAAUUGAGGCUUGGUGUAUUUCGACCGAAUUAAAGGAGCUGAUGGAUGUUGACGAGUCUGGUAGCGAUAAGGAGAGGUCAAAGGAGCCUAAUCUCAAAAAGCAAAAGUUGAAUCCAAGCCCCAAGAAGCGAGUCACUUUUGCUGAUGACGCUGCUAGCAGUUCUGCGAAGGAACAGGAGGUGGAGCGAGCUGUCGAUGGGUCUGAUGAGAAUGAAUUGUCAUCCGACACGUCUUCCACUGAUGGCGAGGAGGCAGCUCGACCUCGGUUGAAGAAAAAGAAACUGCGACGUCUUCGGCGCCCUCUUACCGCAGAGGAAAGGGCACUGGCCACACAACUGAUUCAGUCGGCAAAAAGUCGUCGCGAUCUUCUUGAGUGGAACUUCCAUCGUUAUCGAUUCUUUGAAGAAGAGGCGAAUCUUCCCGACUGGUUUGUCAAUGAGGAAAAGAAGUAUAUGCGGAAGGCCCCACCUCUCGAGGAACCUAAAAUUCUGACUGACAGACCGAUCCAGGGCAAAACAUUGAAAAAGGCGGAGGAGGCAAAAGCGCGAAAGAAAAUGAAAUUGGCCAAGCGUCUCGCCCGAGUUCGCAAACGUGCCGAAAAUCUGCCAGAUGACCUCACCAAGAAAGAGGCCUGGAGCAGAAUGAAAGCAAUGUACAAGAACGCGGGUCUCCUGAAGAAGAAGCGACGACCCAUAUCCUACAUUGUGAACACGAAGGCAGGUGCACGCAGCAAAUCUCAGCCGAUUCCCCGUGGUGCCAAGAUUAAGCUCGUUGACCGACGCAUGAAGUCAGACCUCCGAGGAAGAGCCAGGGCCGCAACGAAGCGAGGUGGGAAGAAAAGCGGCAAGAGAGGCCGCUAA